UGCUUAACACGUUAUUAAUCUGAGCACACCCAACCAAUCAACACAUGGUUUUGUUGUAAAAUUUUCCCUAUUUCCUUAGUUUCUAUCUGGUAAAGAUGCGUAUUAUUUAUGUCAAUUAUUAUGCUCAAGCUUUUUGGCGUAUGCGUAUUGGAUAUUUGGACGGUUUGCAGGGGUUUGCAGGGGUUUUUGCGGUUCUCAACAAGAGAGAACGCACGUCUGCAGAGGCAGGUGCAGGGUCGUCAAAGCAGAGUCCCUGACGGUGGUUUGAAACAGAUGGCCAUUUGGGAAAAACUUGCAGAGGUCAGAUCUAUGAAAAACUUACAUCUUCAGAACCAGGACUGUCAAAGCAGGGUUCCCGACGAUAGCUUGGAACAGAUCGCAAUCCUGAUUUCCAGGAAAAUGCAGGGUGCAGGGUAGAUUGUCAGGAAGAUGCUAUAACAUCCUACACGUAAACAUUAUGUGGAAGCAAAUACUGUGCACAGAUGCCCUUUCCAAUGUGACGAAUGUGGCUGUCUUAGAGUCUUGCUAGGUUCUGGAGCAUUAAAAGAGUUGGAUAUGUCCAGCUGCUGCAGUUUAACCAAGCUACCUGAUCUUUUUGGUGAACUUAGAAGUUUGCAAUUCUUAAAUUUAUCCAAAUGUGAUAAAUUAGAAGAAUUGUGCAGCGACUUCCAUUGCCUUGGAGCGUUAAAAGAGUUGAAUUUGUCCGGAUGCUGCAGUUUAACCAGACUUCCAGAUUUUUUUGGUAAACUAAAAAGUUUGCAAACUUUAAAUUUAUCCAAAUGUGAUAAACUAGAGGAAUUGUGCGGCGACUUCCAUUGCCUUGGAGCGUUAAAAGAGUUGAGUUUGUCCGGAUGCUGCAGUUUAACCAGAUUUCCAGAUUGUUUUGGUCAGCUUGUUUGCUUGGAGAAUGUAGAUUUAUCAGGAUGCUCUAAUUUGGCUAAUAUUUCCGACGAUUUCCACACUCUCCCAUCAUUGACAAGAUUAAAUCUCUCAAAUUGUAAGAGAUUGGGUGCUGAAUGGAUGGAUCGUGUGGAAGGCAGUCAAAGUUUGUUGUAUAUAGACAUUUCAGGAAAUGAAGGGAUAACUCAGCGGUGGAUGGAAAUGCGAAGGGAGAAGGAAGAAAGGAAUUUAGCUGUGAAAAUGGUGUUAAAAUUGCCGAUUGAGGACGAGAAAAGAAAGAGGAAAGCCCUUAAAGUGGUUGCAGUGGUGGAAGGGGUAGAUUCUGUGGCUGUGGACAUGAAGGAAAAAACGAUGACUGUAAUUGGGGAAGCAGACCCUUUGUUUAUUGCCUCAAGACUCAGGGAAUUCGGUUUUAAUUUUGUCGAACUGCAGAGCGUUGGGCCUGCUAAGGAGAGAAAUAAGGAAAAGAAAGAAGAGAAUAAAUCAGAGAACCCGACAACUGUGUAUGUUCCGAGGGUUUAUUAUGAUUACAGUUUGGAAAAUGAUGAACAAUGUUCUUCUAGAGAGAACUUUGGAGAAAGCACACCCAGGCUAGAGAAGAGCUGCCACAUGAGCCGUCUUUCAUCACCAAGGUGGAAUUAAUAGGUGUAUCUAUGUACCGAUUCACCAAUGUAAAUCAGGAAGGAAUCAUGCGCAUCCUUACAAUGUGGGUGAUGCAUGUAUUACAAAUACAGAGAGUUUUGUUAUACAUACACAUUUGGUACUGAUUUAUUUUCAUUCUUUUUUUCAUGGACUGUUUUUACUCUGCUACCAUCAUGAAGAUGAACAAUGUUCUUCUAGAGAGAAGUUUGGAGAAAGCACACCCAGGCUAGAGAAGAGCUGCCACAUGAGCCGUCUUUCAUCACCAAGGUGGAAUUAAUAGGUGUAUCUAUGUACCGAUUCACCAAUGUAAAUCAGGAAGGAAUCAUGUGCAUCCUUACAAUGUGGGUGAUGCAUGUAUUACAAAUACAGAGAGUUUUGUUAUACAUACACAUUUGGUACUGAUUUAUUUUCAUUCUUUUUUUCAUGGACUGUUUUUUUUGUUGUCUAGAUGUCGUUUAUCCAAGGUUGUAUUCAAGGACUGUUGAUUGGGUGUUUUGUGGGAAAUUUUGAUUUUAAGUGGAGAGCAUGACCAAAUCUUAGAAGAUGGAUGUAAACAACUUCCUGCUUGGUUCUCUGACCACAUUUGUUAAUUUAGCUAUGCUAGGUAUUUGAAAAUGUUCUAGUUUUUUAAUAAAUUGAAUCUUUAUCAUAUAUGUAAUGAUCUCACCUACUAUAAAUGAAUAUCCACGACUUCAAAGAAUCUCUGUUAAGAAGAAAUCUUUAUUUUACAUCAUACCUUAUUGUUAUGUAUAGUUCUCUUUAUGUUUUGAAUGAACUUAACAUCCUGUUCCACAACUCUCAUGUUGCAUAUCCUAUUCCACAACUCCCAUGUUGCAUACACAAAACUACUGUAUAGUCUACAUCUACAACUGCCAAUUGCAUUUUCAUUAAAGUUUCUAAACACUUUAAACAAAUUGUGUCUAGCUUGCUAUCACUCGAUUCCUUCACACAUCAUCUGAUGAUAUUCUUGUAUCCCUAAUGCUUUAUUCCAACACUCUUAUUUUGGCAUAAGCUCUUGCAUUUGACCUCCUUGUUAUAAGACAAUUUAGCUACCAGCCUUAGCAAAUCCUAUUACAAACACAAUCCUUCAUUCCCUGGCAGGAACUUCGCUGCCCUGCAGCUCUUGUUUUUAAUGUUUUGGAUAGCUUUUGGAUAACAAAUGGGACAACUCCCAACAGGAGAGAAAAACUGUUAGGAUAAGAAAUAUUCUCAACGUAUACAGGUAUGCCCAGUAUUCAUAUUAUGGCUCUGAAGGCCAAUUUAUUUCGAUUUUAUAACAACAACA